AUGUCGCUCCCGUCACUCCGACCCGUGGAUGCUAAUGCCAUUAACUUCCACGACAAUGUCAAGUCAAAGCGACCGGAUGAGCCCCUGACUCCGAACACCUUUUGGGUUGGCGUGCUGCAUGACAGCAAGACAAUCCUCACUGCCGACUACGGCGCAGACAUCCUAUGGAUCAAAUGCCGCAGUCACACCAAAAUAGAAGCAAUCAAAAAACAAUGCCGGUUACGAAGUAUUGACCCACAACCCAUACUGCUUCGACAUAACGGUCUGAUCGUCGAUUCGACGAGAACCAUUGGGGAGUUGGAUUCCUUUUUUGAUGGUGUCAUUGCUCUCGAGUCCAUCAAGCAGUCGGAUUUAGUUUCUCGGACCAGCCCGCCCCAGCGUGAUCCCCUCCAGCCGUUAUCAACCCUUGCUCCUGUAGAUGCCAGAAACGUGCAACCAGAGUCGCUGGUCAAGCCUGAACCACAGAAUUGGCCACCUGACCAUGAAAACCUCAUUCCUCCGCUUAAGACAUUCGGUCCUGGGACGUUAUGCAAACAAGAAUCUCCCGUAUCGCUUCCCACCCCGAGUCAGACUAUCCAGACCUUUCAUGCGAUACCCGCUGGAUCUCACGACUUUCUCGCAGAGUGCGCCAGGCGGGAUUUUAUCCAUGAGCGCUUGACGGAUAUCUUUCAUGGUUGUGUGCACUCCGAUGUGUCCAUUGAGCAUCAUCGGAAAGAGUUGGUUGCCAAAUGGCAGAUUAUGUUACCAGAAGCCCGAGAAUGGUACAGGAAACGGGCUCUUUUGUUCACUCGCGCCAACAACGCCUCCAUGACUCUGUUCACAAAUCAGAAUGCCGGAUUCUACCAGUAUUUCUUCCCCCGGAAAUCCGUCUACGCUGUUUACAUGGACAUCCACGGUCCAGACCAAGCCUUCAUUACGAUGAAGCAAGACUGGGAUCGAUUGAAUACAGCUUCCAGAAGCAUCUGGAUUGAGAAAGGACGGAAGAUGCGGCAUAAUCAACUGCCUCCCUUGCUUUCAACUGAUCCGCCUUCUGUCCGAACUCCAGACACACCACCCCCCCUCCAUGGGAACAAGCCCCACACGCCACUGCCAGCAGCAGACCAGCCGGAACCAAAGGUUUUGCCCCAACUUUCUCUCCAGAGCCUUUUCGCGGAGAGCACCCCUGAGCUUCUCGAGGCUGCCAUGCAGCAAGGAGUCAAAUUACUUGAAGACUUGAAAGAGCCGCUUGGUCGAGUCGCCAUUGAAGAUGCCUCCCAAUGGCUUCGGGCGAUUGAGAAAGUGCAGAGUCAGGCCGCGCAGCCUAAAACCAUUGUCGGCGUGGUCGGUAACACUGGGGCUGGAAAGUCCUCCGUCAUUAAUGCCAUGCUCGAUGAGGAACGGCUAGUGCCGACCAACUGCAUGCGAGCCUGCACCGCGGUGGUAACCGAGAUCUCCUACAAUACCGCCGACGACCCCUAUCGGGCUGAGAUCGAAUUUAUCACGCGAGCAGACUGGGAAAGGGAGCUCCGGGUCCUCUUUCAAGAUCUCUUCGAUGGCAGCGGCAACGUCUCUCGUGAGGCCACCAAUGAGGAGAGCGAGGCGGGUGUAGCGUAUGCCAAGAUCAAGGCAGUGUACCCCAAAUUUACCAGAGAGAUGCUGCAGAAGAGUACAGUUGAGCAACUGAUGGCGCAUCCCAACGUCCAAAAUGUGCUCGGGGGAAAGCGGCAGAUUGCCGAAUCCGAUUCUCUUCCCUUUUACAAGAAACUCCAAUAUUUUGUCGAUAGCAAAGAGAAAACCACGGGAGAAAAGGACAAAGACAAAAAGAAGCCUGCCAGAGAGCUGGAGUUCUGGCCUCUGAUCAAAGUUGUACGCCUAUACGUGAAGGCUGAGGCACUAUCAACCGGCGCUGUCAUCGUCGACUUGCCGGGCGUUCACGACUCCAAUGCCGCUCGCUCUGCCGUGGCAGAAGGUUACAUGAAGCAAUGUACCGGCCUGUGGAUUGUGGCUCCCAUCACGCGAGCUGUCGACGACAAGGCGGCGAAAUCGCUCCUCGGCGACACUUUCAAGCGGCAGCUAAAGAUGGAUGGCGGGUUCAACACUGUCACCUUCAUUUGCAGCAAGACGGACGAUAUCAGUCUGAUUGAGUGCCAAGAAUCAUUGGGCCUGGAGGAGGAGAUAGGAGCACAUUAG